GGCAUGGCAUAAAAAAGUAAAAGAAAAAUAUUCUUCUACGGACACAAAUGAUGAUUCAUCAAAAAAAAAAAAAAAAGACUUCUUAUGUGUCCUUCUGAUGAUACUGAUGAUGAUGACAAUGAUGAUGAUAAUGGUAUCAAUUUUAACAUAUUGCCAUAUAAACAAGUAGUAAGUACUCCAUCAGUUGCCCUGGAACCAAUUAAUUAUGGAGCUUCUACCUCAUCUAUAAUUAGUCAAUUCUAUGCAGAAAAUAAUUUGAACGUAGAAGAAACUAAGCAAUAUACCGAAAUGCAGCCAAAAACAGUUCAACAACUAGAAUAUCCCCAAAAUCAUUCAUUCGCUGAGGUAAUAAUAACUAUUACAAUCUCAAAUUAUUCAAUAUCUAAUAUUGUUUAUAUUUUAUU